ACCACACAGGAAGUCACUUUGGGUUAGAGCAGUCAAACCUUUUGCCUCACACUGAAACAAGCUUCUGUGUCUAUAAGGGGAGGAAAUACUACCUACUUAAAGAGAGUAGGAGCGCAGGUGCCAGCGAACGCAUAUCUGAACCAAAGACAUAGUUAACUGCGCUGCUGGUAAGGGCCAUGAGUGUGCACUGAUAAUGGAGGGCAGCCGGUCACAGUGGAGACUCAAGCAGAGAUAUGGGGACCAGGGUGACAUUUUGGAACCAUACUAUGAUGAAGUGGACGACCAUGAGACUGUUCACAAUGUGCACAUACAACCAGCCAGACCCAUCGAUGAGGAGAGGGAGUACGCAGACAGGGAUCUCCCCAGGUCAUCGUCUGCUCAGAGCCUUUCAUCUGACCUGGCCAGUGGUCAUUCUAUAAUCCACCCCACUUAUCCUCCUAGAAGAACUACAACAAAGCCAGCUCCUUUUAUCAACAGAGAUCUGAAGCCAGGGAGAAGGAAAAACACAAGUGCUAACCUUCAGUCCUUCCAGCACACGGACCCGCCAUCACGCAGAUGUCCUCCGUCACCACGAUUCCCCUCGGAGCUUGUGGACCAGCUCAAUGGGAUAACUCUGAAAGAAAGCUCCAAGAAACAACGGCAAAAUAAAACUGCUAAAAAUGUGAGCAGUCACUCCUCGUCAAACUCUAAAGGCUCACAUGCUGAACGGGCUAAAUUUUCUAUUGACAUAGAAGCUCAACACAUUGCUGAAAGGUGGUCAAAUGAGGACCAUGAAAAUGACGACGAUCCAAAACUGCAACAUUGUCACAAUAAAUGGCCUCAGAUUAAAGAUGUGCUUGAUCAACAUGACUUUGUACCAAGGGGAGAAUCACAGAUGUAUAGGGGAGAUAUGUGGUACAUUGGACCGUGUAAUAGGACAGACGCAGAGCACGCCUUGCACCUCGUCAAUAAGGAUGGGGCAUUUUUAGUUCGAAACUGCUCCCUCAACAGCAACAGUGAACCUUUAGUCUUGUCAGUUUUUCACGAGAAGAAAGUGUACAAUGUCAAAAUCCGUUUUAUUGAAUCUCACAGAAAGUAUGCCUUAGGAACGGGACAACGAUCUAAUGAAAUGUUUGACACAGUAUCGGACAUCAUCAACUUUCAUUCCAUCUUCCCGAUAAUCCUCAUUAGUGGCAAAAAUCUUCCAGGGAGUCCAGAGAAUUGUGUACUGACAUUUCCAGUGACAAAGGAAGAUCUGGAACGACUUCUCCAGUGACUCUGCUAUACACAGAUCAUGCACGGAUAUAAUGUUAUAUUAUAACAACUGACAAGGAUUUACUUUGACCUUUACAAGGAUCUAUAUUGUGUUGCUAAUAUGGUUGCCUGUGGACAUUCAAUAAUUAGCACCUAAGCUACAAAUUUAAAUAUGGACACAUUUUAACCAAUAUUUUCAUACUGACAAGGUAUCAAAAUGUAUAAAUUCUCAGGCUAUAAUUUUAAUCAGAUGUUAUUCUUUUGUCAUUAACUUUAACGGACAGCAGUAGCACAGUUGGUAGAGCAUUCGCCCACUGAUCUGAAGGUUGGUGGUUCAAAUCCAGCUCUUGACAUAAACAUCACAGGUUGAGUGGUCAGAUCCACUGACCCACAGGUUGGCUGGUGUGAUUCCAGCUCCCACAGAUGAAAGACACUUAACCCACCUUGCCCACAGUGUCUGUGUACUCUGGUGUGUGAAUGGGUGAGUGGUUCCUUGUUGUAAAGUGCUUUGAGUGCCUUGAAGGUGGAAAAGUGCUAUAGAAAAAUGUGACCGUUUACCAUAAUGGUGCACUGUGCAACUUGUUUGUCUCCAUGCUGAUGCUAUUGCUAUGUUUUAUCUGAAAUGUCCUGGUAUGGCAUUAAAACUAUCCAUCUUGAA